GCUUGGUGACCUUUAUCGUUACACAUUCCCUCCAACACAGAGAGCUCAAACUUUUAGUUGAGGAGCAGGAAACCUGUGACAGCAGUUGGGUGCUCAUGCAGAAUUAGGAUGAUUUGGUCGUGGUCAGGUGUUGACUCAUUUCAUGGAGCUGCUUUCUGCCAUGAGAUUGUUUGGAAGAGAAAAGCCGCUUUGAUCUACUCAUCCCUGAAUGAUGAAAUGCCAUCAUAUGAACACUUAACCUCAAGCUACAAGGAAAAGGAUCCUUAACGGUGUUUCUGCAUUCAGAGGUAACCAAAGCUAAUUUACAAAAAAAUAAACACUGAUAGAAUUGCAACAUAGCAACGUUCUGAAAGUUUUAAACAUCGAUGGGGAUCAGCAAAUCAAGACUUUGCACAUCUCCAAGUGAUAAACACUUGAAUGAUUGUCUUCUUUCAGCUACAAGCAUUGACCACAUGGUAAAAAGAUAGUGAAGAGAAUGCAAACACCGCCCUCUUAUUACUUGUGCGUUCGAGAUCAUCCAAGUGUCAAAACUGACCCAAGAGAUGCUGGAUGAAAAAUGCACAAUGUCAUGGCAAUACUUACAUUUUUCUUCGGGGUCACAUGCUUCAAGCAACCAGGGUCCCUUAUCCAGGAUCCAGGAUUUCUGCAGCAUUGGUAAAGAGUCACCCAACUACCUUGACCAUGUAUCGGAACAAGUGGACAAAUACAGGGGGCAGACUGUGUCUCUGGAGAAGCCAGCAGGGUAUCCAAUGAGAAUUGGGGGGCUAGAUGACACAAUCUAUGCAGAAAUGGAGGAUGAGCUUGAAGCAUGGGAAGAUUUCUACCUUCCUGAAAGAGUAGAGAUGAGAGUUAUCGGUGCCAUUGAUAUGUUCCCGAGUCUGGCAGUGGGGCUGCAGCUGAUCAUUCUGGCAGGCAAAGAUGGCAACAUCUAUGCUUAUGAAAAUGAGGUGUUGCACCAAGUGGCCGACAGCUUGCAGGACCUCUUCCAAAAGGGAAUUGAGUUUCCUGGAACCAAAGUCUACAACUAUGGGGAAUGUUUUGCUCCUAUGACAGAAGAAGAAUAUGAUGAAUUAAUGGAGGAUGAAGAAGUAAAGAAAAUGAAAGAGGAGACCAGGGAAUUCAUCAAAAGCAACGAAGUGGAAUUUCUGAACAUACUGGCCCGCAUUGAAGAAAAAGAGAAUGCAGAAAAGGUUGCGUCCAAUGAAGUUGUGCCUUCUGACCACCAGCACCCCAAGCAUGUUGUAGUUCAGAUGUGGAAGCAUGCAGAUGAAUUGGUCAUAUUUCAUUUAAAUGAUGCCUAUUAUGAGAUAUUGUGCAAGGUCUUCCAGGUACUAGGGCUGACAUGUGAAGAGCUGAAAAGUAAUGGGAAUUGUAGAAGAUUCCUGCUCCGUUUCAGAGCUCUUCCAUGUGCGCAUAAACUCUUUGAUUACAUCCUGAUUUUUACCAAUAAAGUCCAUGUCUUUGGUCCUGAAAAGAGAAUUGUCCCACAACUGCAAUGGCACCCAAACAUCUACAUGUUAACUGCCAAAGCAAGAUGACAUUUUUGAAGAGUGCUCAAUAAAUUAUCAAAGGGCUUGCUCAACUCCAAAGAAAACUUAAAUCUUAAUUCACAACAUUCACUUUAGGUGCUUUGAUCAAAGAGAAAUAUUACAUGUUACCUACCAGAAAACCAGCACUCACUUCAAAUUUAAAAAAAGAUUAUUUAUUUAUUCAUUUCAGACUUUUGUUUUCUUUUUUAAAUGUCAGAUAUGCAAGCACAGAGAGAGACGCAUUGCCGCUAGAUGCCUUCCUCGGCGUGCAUUCACACAAACUUAAUUACAUUUUUGUAUAAUUGAUUGGAGAUUUAUUAUAAUGUGUUAAUUAAUUUGCUCUUAAAGGGAAAGUCAACAAUAAAACAAUACACAAGAAAAACAAACUGUUUUUAUUGCUGUAUUUUUAUUGUAAUGUUGGCUUUCCCUUUUUAAGAGCAAAUUAAUUAACACAUUAUAAUAAUCACCAAUCAAUUACUGUGAAUCCAUACAUAUUUGCAAGCCUUUUAUUGUGCGUUUUUUGCGUAUGAAAAACAAUGCUAACAUUUUUGGCACUUUUGCACUUUGUGAUGAUAUUCCACUAUGAAAGGUGCUAUAUAAAAAUAAAGAUUAUUAUUUAUUAAUGUCAAACUCCACUAACAAUACAUACUUCGUAUAUUGCAACAGGUCGCUGACAUUUCUGGAGCAAAAUAGGUUUUAUGGGUGUGAUUUGCCAAAUAUUUUGGUCGCAAAUAUUUAUGACUUUACAGUAUAUAAAAAAAGUAAUUUACUUUGUUUGACACGAGGAAGGCAUCUUGCUGCAACACAUCUGUGCUUACACGUCUCCCACUUUUUAAAAAGAGUCUAAAAUGAAGAAAUAAACAAAUAGUCAUCUAUUAUUGAAGAGAAGACAGGAAUCUAUUCAGCAAACCAAGACAUAGCAUCAUCCGUAACUUAAACAAUAAUAAGGAUUCUGAAGUAAAACUUCAAAGAAACUAAGUCAGGUAAACACUUGUUUGGUGCAAGUCUUAUACUAAAGAAGGCAGUAGCUGAACGCUUUUUAACUUUGUUUCUUGUGUAAGUUUUACCCAAGGUGUUAAACCAGAGAUAUGAGUGGGAUUGUCAGCAGUUCUGUGCUGCUACUGUUCUAAAGUUGACAUGCCACCUAAAGCAGCGAGAAGUAGGGGUGUGCAAGACUGCCAUUCAGAAAUUGGCAGAGCCAAAAGUGGGCUGGGCCAGUCCCAAAACCUGAAGCUGUGUUUUAUCACUCAUUUCCGAAUCCGAGUCCUGCACUACCCCAUUCAAAACCAAGGCAUUCAAAUCAGUUUGCCUCAUACAUUAAGCACUGGUCCCCUUAUUGAAGGGCUUAAGAACGUUUUAUUCUUUGCUUACUUUUUGUUCUUUAAUGUGAAGACACCCAGAUUUUUUCAAGCAUCACGCUGUCCCGUCUUGUCUCAGUAUGAGGUGCAUUUACAUGGUCUGGUCUUGGCUGGUAAACCAUGUGAGUGAGUCUAACACAAGAAGUGAAAGUAUACCUGGAAGUUUAGUAGAAGCUUUAUAAAGCUAAGAAGUGGUAAC